CCACCCCAUGAAUCGGCGAAUUGUGUUCAUCGUUCGAUUGCCCGCCGCCUUGAGCAGAACACAUCAUGGCGUCGCUCCUGUCCGAGUUUGUCUUGGACAACUUCAUCAACAACUACGAGAAGGCCAAUGAGACAAUGUGGCGAAAGGAAGACCUGGACCACCGACUCCAGGAACGACAGUGGCGCGUCGACGACCUGCAGCGAGAACAGGAAUGGCGCGCCCACGACAUCCGCACCGACCGCAUCCACAAGAAACUCUCCAACGAGCAGCGGCAGGCAGACACGCGGGCCGAACACUUGUCGGCGAUCUCGGAAAUCUCAGCCGAGCUGAGCGGGUUUGCGCUCGUGUCGAUCAUCAACGUGAACCUUCCAGACGAUAUCGACCUGACGUUGCUAUGGGUGUAUGGUGUCACGUCAGCCCUUACGAUCUGCUGCAUGGUGCUGUCGUUGCUAGUGUGUACUUUCCUUAUGAUGGCCGUGACACGAUACUGCGCACACGACUUGGAAUUUGUCGUCAAGCGGCUCGACGAUGAAGACAUCGAUCGCAUCCAUCCGUUUGAGAGGUGGUGGGUGUCGAGGUGCGAAGUGGAUUGGCAACUCAGCUACUUACUGUUCCGAACAGGCGUGACACUGUUCUUGUUGGAACUGGCGAUUGUGUCGUGGGUCCAGUACAGCCAUUAUCGUGUCGCGUCCAUUAGCAUUACAUUUGUGUCGUUUGUGGGCUUGUUGGUGUGGCAUUCCCGCAUCUGGAGCAAGUGGAGGUACCUCAUGAGUCGUCCUGAAGUCGAUGUCAUUCCCAACGAAAAGACCCCGCUCAUGCGAAAAACGUAUUCAAGAGCCAAGUCGGCACUUCGGGUGCCGAAGACGAACGUCGAUUAACCAAACACUAGUAAUAUUGGUUGAAGUAUUAUAUAUGAUACAAAACAGCCGUGCAAGAAGCAUGGGCUUAACCCCCAAACCCGUACAAAGUACGGCCUUGACGCUUCAACGCAUACACAACGUCCAUGGCUGUCACGGUCUUUCGGCGAGCAUGUUCAGUGUACGUGACGGAAUCGCGGAUGACGUUUUCCAAGAACACCUUGAGCACGCCGCGGGUUUCUUCAUAGAUCAAGCCAGAGAUACGCUUGACACCGCCACGACGAGCUAGACGGCGGAUGGCGGGCUUGGUGAUCCCUUGGAUGUUGUCGCGAAGAACCUUGCGAUGGCGCUUGGCGCCGCCCUUGCCCAAACCUUUGCCUCCUUUGCCACGACCAGACAUGCUUGAUG